GAUAAAGUGCUCGAGAAAUGUGAUGCCCACUGCUCUCCCAGAAAGAACGAAACAUACGAGAGAUAUGUAUUCCGUUCACGUGUGCAGCAGCAUGAGCCUUUUGAUAGCUUUCUGACUGACCUGAAGCUAAAAGCACAGUCAUGCAACUUUGCUACGCUGAGGGACUCCAUGAUACGGGACCAGAUCGUUUUUGGCGUGGAGGAGGAUAAAAAGGUCAGAGAAAGGCUGCUAAGGGAAACGGAGCUGACAUGUGAAGCAGCUACAAAAAUCUGCCAUGCAAGCGAGCUGUCCCAAAUGCACGUCAGGACUUUCAGCGAGAUGGCGGGCGCGGCUAACGUGAGUGAUGGCGCAGCAGUUGGUGCGGUCUCCAGCCAAGGCAAAUGGCGCGCACAGACGCGGUCAACACAGCGGUCGGAAGAAGGGACAUUCAGCUGUAAGCGCUGCGGCUCGAAGCACAAACCACAACAGUGUCCGGCAUUUGGUAAGCAAUGCUCUAAUUGCCAGGGCCAGAACCAUUUUGCUAAGCAGUGCUUCUCAAAAGGAAAUGAGAGGAAGAAAGGAAAGUCUGUAAACAUAGUGGAAGACGAUGAUUUAAGUGAGACAUUUUUUGUUGGCAUGGUGAACUGUGAAACUGAGCAAAAAGAGGUUAAUGCAAUCAGAGAAGACAAAUGGAUAGCUCCACUGAUGAUUAACGGGACAAUAAUAACUAUGAAACUGGAUACUGGUGCAAAAGCAAACCUGAUGAGCCUGUCUGACAUCAAGGCAAUGAAAGAUAAGCCACAAAUUAAAAAAAGAACACAGGCACUAAAAGAUUAUAAUGGAAAGAAAAUCAACAGUUUGGGCGUGUGCAUAUUAAAGGUAACCUCAAAAGGUAAAGUGCACCACCUACUUUUCUCUGUUGUCGCUGAUGGACUUGAUUCACUGCUGAGUGAUAAAGCAUGUGAAGAUUUGGAACUUGUCAAGAGAGUGUAUUGCAUCAACACAACUGUGAGUACACCAAAUGACUCAAUUAAUUGUAUAGUACAGAGUUAUGCAGAUGUAUUUAAGGGUUUUGGUGUGUUGCCCUUCACAUACAAAAUCCAGCUCAAAGAAAAUGCACAGCCAGUUGUGCAUGCUGCAAGAAGAGUUCCAGCGCCACUCAGAGAUCGCUUAAAGAAAGAGCUCGACAGAAUGACAAUGCUCGGAGUGAUAAAAAAAGUUGAGGAGCCAACAGACUGGGUUAACUCGAUGGUCUGUAAAGAAGAAAAGUGGUGAUUUAAGAGUGUGUAUGGACCCAAAAGAUCUUAAUGAAAACAUCAAGCGUGAACAUUAUCAGAUACCCAAGCGUGAGGAAAUCACAAGUGAAAUGGCAGGUGCCAGCUUCUUCACAAAGCUUGAUGCGUCUCAAGGCUUUUGGCAGCUGAAACUGGAUGAAAGCAGCACCAA